AUGGCUACCGAAAUCGAGCCGGCGGAGAUCCCUCCUGUGCUGGGAGUCCUCCCAGCAUACGGACAGGAUAAAGAAACCCACCUGAAGAUGGUUCCACGUGCCGAUGGUGCUCGAGCUCGGUUAGAUCCGAACGUCACCCUCGAGGAGUACAUGUACUGGGCCAACAUUGAGCGUCAGCUGGAAGAGGAGGAGAACCGCCAGUACGUGCUGGAGCGUGGGCCUCUGACCGUCGGCAAGGUCAUCCAGAACCGUUUUUCCAAGGGUGUCCACCAUGAGAAGAAAGGUGCCCAGAAUAGCCCACAAAUUGAUGGUGAAAAGGGCAUGGUCGCAUCUACUCCCUCGGACUCGUCUCUGGCUGUUAGCGAUGAGGAAUGGAGAAAUGCAUCUCGCGCCCUCCGAACAGCCGGUUGGGGUACCAUCUUCUAUCUGAUCACCACCGACGUGCUGGGCUGGGCAAACGCACCGUUCGUCUUUGCAAGUGUGGGAUACGGUCCUGCCGUGGCUUUGUUCAUUGUUUUUGGUUGCUUCGCCGGCUUCAGUGGCUGGAUUCUGUGGAGGGUGUUUCUAGAGCUCGACUCGACGCGCUAUCCCUUGAUCAACUUUGGUGACACCUACUAUCGUGUUUUUGGAGCGUGGAGUCGUCAUUUCGUUAACAUCGGACAGUCGCUGCAGCUGCUGAUGUCGGUGUCCGUGCUGGUUCUGGGUAACGGCCAAAUUCUGGCACAGCUGACCAAUGAGAGUAUUUGUUUCGUAGCUUGCAUGAUCAUUAUGAUGGUUAUCGGCAUGGUCUGUGGCAGCAUUCGUUCCUUGCAACGUCUCGGAUGGCUGACCAACGCCGCCGUCUGGUUGAACAUCGCGGAUUUCAUCAUGAUCAUGGUCGCGGCUGGUGGCAAGUAUGGAAUCGACUACAGUGCCGUCACGUCGUCGUCCUUGAUCAAAGCCAUAGAGCCUGUCAAGGUCUUUGCGGGACCUCCCCCCAACCAGUACCAGAUUCAGGCCACUGGGUUUUCGGGACAAUUCACUGGUGUUGACCAGAUGGUUUACAGUUAUGGUGGCGCUAUUUUGUUCAUCUCCUUCCUGGCUGAGAUGCGCCGUCCGUGGGACUUUUGGAAGGGGUUGCUGUGUGCCCAAUUGUUCAUCUGUUUGGUCUACAUUUUCUUCGGUGCUUUUGUCUACAGCUUCUACGGUCAAUACUCCAUCUCCAACAUCUACAACGUUGUCGAGCCCAAAGGUCUACAAGAGGCAGUUAAUAUAGUCUACUUUUUGACCACUAUUAUCGCUUGCAUCCUCUACUUCAAUAUCGGCAUGAAAUCUGUCUACCAGCAAGUCUUCAUGGAAAUUUUCAACUGCCCCGACAUCUCCACCAAACGCGGCCGCUUGCUGUGGUACGGCCUCGGCCCGAUUUACUGGAUCAUCGCCUUUGUGAUCGCCGCUGCCGUUCCCAACCUGAGUGGAAUCUCCAGUAUGGUCGGCGCGGCCCUGAUUCUCAACUUCACUUACACCCUCCCGGGUGUUCUCUACGUUGGAUUUCGGUGCCAGAAAGACGCCGCACUUCCGGGCGAAGGGUAUGACCCUGCGUCUGGUGUAACAACGCGCCAUGAUUCUGGCAUGCAGCGAUACAUUCGUGGUUUCAAGAAGCACUGGGUGGUCAAUUGUUUCUGUAUCUUCUACUUCUGCGGUGGAUUGGCGUGCUCCGGUAUGGGAAUGUGGGCUGCUAUUAUCGGCUUGAUUGAGGAGUUCGGACCUGGUGGUACAGUGGCUACGUCGUUUGGGUGUGCUGCACCUGUUUAA